GUCGUUUCAUCGUCUUAUUCCAUUGGUCAAGUCAACGGCUACUAAACGUCUCAAAACAGUUCUCAAUGACAGCCCUAAUAAACACCAUUUUUCAUCCUAGGUAGGUCAUGCUGCUCCCAACCCGGGCGAAAUUCGUGUAGCUUUAAGGAUGACUCUCUAGUCUGAGUGUCGACCACGGUUCCAAUUCCAAGAAGAUCAUGUGCGGUGUUUUAAAAAAAAUCGUGGAGUAUUGGCUUAGUCCGGGUACGGAAGUAUCGAUAUAUUAGGAACAAACACAGCCUGAAAACGCGGGAAGGAAGAGCAAACCAUCCUAAGCAAAUGUGCUCAAAUUAAACUGACAUCGUGGGCUUUCGGCUUUUAGUCAAAGGCCUUUUUUUUCCUGGAAAGCAAACCAUUACCGAUUAAAUGUUAAAUUCCUAAGAAAUUCUGUAUAAAACCUUUUCUAAGGACUUGCCAAACACAACUGCUGAAAGCACCCUGCUCAGUUCCAUAGUCCAUAGUUCGUAAGGUAGAUACGAAACAAAGGCAGUGGAGCACCCAAAGAAAACGCAAAGCAGCAAGUCCUAACGACAUUUCAGCAAGUACGUCCAUGCAUCUACCGGUGAACCAAAGCACCCUUCAUUUUUUUAUGAUAGGAUAGCAAUGGAGGGGCUAAGAGAUUGGGGGGCGGGAGGGACAUGCCAAACAUUAUUGCUUCAAAAAUUGGUGCAGCCAUGCGAAGGGAGCGGCAUUGAUAGCGUUUCUGAGGUUAUGAAAAUGUACAUGUUCCGUGGAGCAUGCCCCUCCGACCUCUAUACCGAACAACAUUAUCUCAACUCAUCCAACAAUUUGGUCGCACGGCAGAUACCGACCUAACGCCCAUCGAGAAACAGUUCAUCAGUGCAGUUAAACCAACCUAAAUUGAAGGCGUUUUUUGGUUUGUUAGGUUGGCAGUCUUCGCGUCGUCCAGUUUGGAGCUCUUGCAAUGAUGGUUGUUGGUGUUGUCGGUAAAAUUUGCGCGGUAUUCGUCAGCAUCCCACAGCCUAUUGUUGGCGGAGUUUUAAUGGUCAUGUUUGGAAUGAUCGCCGCUGUUGGAAUCUCUAAUAUCCAGUUUGCUGACAUGAAUUCCUCCAGAAACUUGUUCAUCGUUGGAUUUUCCAUUGUGUUUGGAUUAGCUCUACCAUAUUACAUGAAGACUCACCCGAACGCGAUUGACACAGGUAUUUUGGAAAUCGAUCAGAUACUGACGGUCCUGUUCAAAACAAGCAUGGCCGUGGGUUGCAUUGUUGCACUAAUUCUUGACAACACCAUCCCUGGUACCAUCGAAGAACGCGGGCUCAAGGCUUGGAGGAAACAUCUAUCAGAUGAGAGCGAUGAACAGUUUCAAACAGCUUCUAUUAAGAUCUAUAAUCUGCCGUUUGGUCUCAAUCGCAUCAGUAGCUCCAAAGUGGCCAAGUAUUUGCCUUUCCUGCCGUACAACGACGAAGAUCGCUCGCCAACAGCUAAUGAAGAACUGAAGGACGUUGAUUCUAAACUGUAAAAUACAGUAGCAGUUUUACGGUCUACAUGACUGGGAUUUUUUCGGGUUAAUGCCUGGAUAGAGUAUUCAGAAGGUCUCACUGGGGUUAACUGUUAG